AUGACCUACAAAAUAAAAAAAAAAUUUAAAAAAUAUUGGGAUAUAAUAAUUGACUAUAUAAUAAUUGCUCAUGUUCUUAAUCCAAGGUAUAAGCUGGAUCACUUAAAAGCAAUUUUAAUUCAAGUUAGUAAAUAUAGUGAAAGUGAUGCAGAACUAUUUGUUGAUAAUAUUCAGCAAAAAAUUAUUUCUAAUAGAAUUAAAUAUAGUAUCGCAGAAUCUUUAAAUGUUGAAACUGUUGAGAAUAACUAUUCUGGUACAAUAGAAUAUGAGUUAGAAUUAUACGAAAGAAAGCCUCUUAAAAAUUUUUCAAAUAAUAAUAAAAAAGAAGAAAAUAAAGGAAUAUUGAUUUGGGAAUCAUUAUCAUAUAGAUUCCUAAUACUUAGUAGAAUAGCACAGGAUUAUUUAAGUAUCAAGCUAUCAAGUAUUUCUAGUAAGAGGGUAUUUUCAAAAGGUAGUUUUAUAAUUACUAAUGAUAGAGCAAAUAUUAGUGAAAAAACUGUUUCUAGCAUA